AUGUGGCCGUCGCAGACUGUUGGCUGUUAUGUUGCCCUUGGUACUAAGAGAAACCAACGUUACGCAGUCAUUUCCUGUGUAGUGUUGUGGCUGAUCAGCAGUUUGGCUUGCAUCAGACCGAUGCUCCUCCAUGGCACCUUUAAGCAGUUUGGCGCUGAGCACUGUGAGGAAUUUGCUCAUAUUCAGGAUAUUAAUGUAAAGACGCUCAAAAAAUCUGGGUUUUAUAUUCAGCUUUUUGUUUCUUUGAUCCUCCCUCUGGCUGUUAUCAUAUUUUGUUUUGCUAUAAUUGUGAUCACUGUCAAAUUAUCCAAAGUUUCUUCUAAAUUCAAAGUAGUCAGGCUGGUGUUUGUCAUUGUACUGCUCUUCUUUAGCUGCUAUAUACCUCUUAACAUUGUAGAUCUCCUGCAAUAUGAGUUCACAAGCUGUGAGGCUCCACAGAAACUCUGCGACUCUCUUGAAAUCACCCGUAGCAUGGCAUACUUUUACAUCAAUCCCGUCUUUUACACACUUGUGGGGAGAAAACUCCAGGAGUACUUAAGACAGCUGCUAGUGAAACAUUUCUCAGGUUUAAGCUUAUUUUUGUCCAUAAAGACAACCAAGGAGCAAGAACCAAACUUAGUGAUUGGAAGGGUAGUGUGGUUUUCUCAAAGACUCCUGAAAAUGCUCUGUGACGCUCUUGUAUAUUUCAAUAGCAAAAUCAUACAGGGUAACUAGCAGAAGUAUUCAAGAGCCUAGAUCUUUUUUCAUGUCUCAACCACAAUCUACAGACCUGUUUAUUGGGAGAUCAAGGGUGUACCACUGCUAUGAGGUGCUUUUCAGAACUACUUGUUUUGCUGCAUUCUUUUUAAAUGUGACUGAGACAUUUCAUGCCCCGUCCCCCUCCAGGUUGCUGAGCGGUCCAAACAAACCCUGGACACAAUUAAGAAGUUUGCUAAUGGGACCCUCAAGAAAGACAUUGAAUGGAUUUGGAUCAUGUGUUGUCCAAAACAAAAAUUGCAAAAAUAAAGUCAAAUAAUUCUAUCCAAAUCAUCCAUACCCUCAAGAAGUUAGCUACAACUAGUACAGAGUGCUAGCAGAAGCAGAAGGCCCCAAUGCUUCUAUCAAACCAAUGGCCAGGACGCCAUUUUCAUGUCUGAAAUAAGCUCUAUUAUCAUUUUAGUGUUAUUAGCAGCUUACCGUUUUGCUGAGUCCCUUGUUUCUGUGGAGAGAAGGAACGACGCCUCAGUGAAAGUCUUUCUGAAAAUCCCUCUUGAUAAUGGUGGAGGUUGCUGAAGCUCUCCUCCUUAAGUGCUUCAUGCAAACAAGUGGGACUUUUCCCACUGAUCUGAGUACAUUUAUGACAGAAAUAAAAUUAGACCAAACACUUCGAUGCUGGGGGAUGAUGUAAGGGAUUCUGUGUGUUAAUAUACGGUAGAACCAAACAUUUUGACUUGUUUCCUUGCAACUUCCUGUUUCCAUCUUACUGACAAUAACUCGAGUGUUUAAUCGAGAAACAAAAUGCAAAAUAGCGCCCUACAAGACAGUUUGCUUGAUCGCAAAUGAGAUGCUGCCUUUUAAUCUAGUUAAAAGCCAGCAUUUCAAAAAUGCUGCAAACAUCUGACACCCAGUACAUAACAGGAACAAGACUCAACAAAAAUUAACACAAAAUUACAAGGUAAUUAGAAUCAAAUAAAGCUACAAAAUAAACUGAGAUCCUAAAAAAGUUAAUAAUGUUACAUUUCAAGUUUACAUGCAACAGCAUAAAGAGAAUACUGAUUUCAUAUUAAUGGAUUCCGUUUUUACAGGCAACUUAAUGUACAAUAUAUUAUUAUUACCUGUUUCUUUCAUUGUAAUUAAUGCCUUUAUAACGAAGCUUACGAUGUUAUGAAGAGGAGGGAACAGAAAUAUGUUUAUUUUGGUUUUAUGGUUAUUUUUUGAUCUGAUGAAUACUUGCAUAGUAAUAUGACAACAUGUGUCAUAAC